AUGACAGAUUACAAAAAUCCCAAUUUACUUAACAAGUCCUCUGAAGCAAGACAAGGUAGAGAGAACCAGCGAUACAAUGAAGAGACUGGGGCUAGGAUUGUUGCUGGAUGCAUAUGUUUGAAUGAAACCAAAGACAAAGUGAUUAUGAUUUCAUCUUCUAAACAUAAAGAUCGCUGGAUAAUGCCCAAAGGUGGUAAUGAAUUGGAUGAACUGGAAUUGGAAACAGCUGUGAGGGAAACUUGGGAGGAAGCUGGUGUUGAAGGGAUCAUUAUCAAGAAAUUGCCCGUGGUGAUGGAUUCGCGAGGUCAAAAAGCACCCGUAAUCAAAGGUGACUUUGAUUCGGACCACAUACCUAAAAGUGAAUUCCACUUCUUUGAACUACAAGUUGAACAAUUGAGUACCACGUGGCCCGAAAUGAAGAAACGGGAGAGAAGAUGGUGUACUUAUUCCGAGGCCAAACACGAGUUGCUUAAACUGAAACGUCCUGAACUAGUUGAUGCAUUGAAUAUGAGCUCUAUACAAAAGGACACUGAGGUUAAAACAGUUGAUGAAUACUGA